UUCAAAGAGCCUGUUGACAUCGUCGCGGUGCCCACCUACUUGAAUGUCAUCAGACAGCCCAUGGAUUUGUCAACGAUUGCCUACAAAUUUGGAAGGGACAUCUACGACUCUGCAGCUUCCUUCAAAGCUGACUUUGAGCUCAUGUUUGACAACUGUGACCGCUUCAACGCA